AGGGGGCUGAGGCAGCAUCAAAACUCCAUAUGGAUCAGCUGUCAUAGAGGACUCUCUUAUGAGAGCUCUUCAUAUCAGAGUCAAGCAAAUUGACUACAGUGAUGCAGUAGUAAAGUACUAAAAAAAGCCAUAAAGCAUGUGAAGUGAUUUUCAGUUUUUCCAUGGGAUAAUAGAGAGGCUAAAAGAAUCUGGGAACAAACAGCUCCUUCUGGGACAGUUGCUGUUUUGGCCAUCUAUCUGCAGUUGUUGUUGAUCUCUCCUUCCUAUCUUUGCUAAGUAGUAGUUGAGUUUUUCAUCCUCAUCUGGAGCAGAUACAGAGCAUAGUCACAGCUUUAAGUGAUGAAGUGUUUUUUAUUGUUUGCAAAAGCUUGCUUACUCUUCUUUGUUCUGCUUACUGUUAUUUAUAAAAAAACCUUUCCCAUUUCAUUGAGGCAGAUUUGGAAGUCAAACCAGAAACUUCAGACUCUACUACGAUGGAAAGCACUUUGUUGGGGAGAAACGUUUUGAGUCCAUCCAUGACCUCGUGACAGAUGGAUUGAUUACUCUUUAUAUUGAAACGAAGGCAGCUGAAUACAUUGCCAAGAUGACAAUAAAUCCAAUUUAUGAACAUAUAGGAUAUACAACUUUAAACAGAGAGCCAGCACACAAAAACCAUAUGCGAACCCUGAGAGAUGAACAUGAUGGCAAAGAGUCUACAGGAGAGGAUGAGGUAGCAGAAAAGAGGCUGACAUCACUUGUCAGAAGAGCAACUCUGAAAGAAAAUGAGCAUAUUCCAAAAUACGAGAAGAUUCACAACUUCAAGGUGCACACAUUCAGGGGCCCGCACUGGUGUGAAUAUUGUGCCAACUUUAUGUGGGGCCUCAUCGCUCAGGGAGUAAAAUGUGCAGAUUGUGGUUUAAAUGUGCACAAGCAGUGUUCCAAGAUGGUCCCAAAUGACUGCAAGCCAGACCUGAAGCAUGUCAAGAAAGUGUACAGCUGUGACCUUACAACACUAGUAAAAGCACACUUCACUAAGAGACCAAUGGUAGUAGAUAUGUGCAUUAGGGAAAUUGAAUCUAGAGGUCUUAAUUCUGAAGGACUAUACAGAGUCUCAGGAUUUAGUGAUCUUAUUGAAGAUGUCAAAAUGGCAUUUGACAGAGAUGGGGAAAAAGCUGAUAUUUCUGUGAAUAUGUAUGAAGAUAUCAAUAUUAUCACUGGUGCACUUAAACUGUACUUCAGGGAUUUGCCAAUUCCACUCAUCACAUAUGAUGCCUACCCAAAGUUUAUAGAGUCUGCAAAAACCACCGACCCGGAUGAACAGCUGGAAAUUCUCCAUGAGGCGCUGAAACUGCUGCCGCCUGCGCACUGUGAAACGUUGCGGUACCUCAUGGCACAUCUCAAGAGAGUAACGCUCCAUGAAAAGGAAAAUCUGAUGAGUGCAGAGAAUCUGGGCAUUGUCUUUGGACCAACUCUUAUGAGAGCACCGGAGCUGGAUGCGAUGGCUGCGUUGAACGACAUCCGUUAUCAGAGACUUGUGGUGGAGAUGCUUAUAAAAAAUGAAGACAUUUUAUUUUGAAUAUUUUAGGGGUUUUGUAAUUAAAAAAAAGGAAGCAACAGUGUUCUGUGAAUGAAGGAAUAUUUUAAAGUAAUUUAAUGGCUGUUGUCGCUGAAUUCCAUAUUUGCUAGAGCUUUCGAUGUAUUCAGGAUAAAAAAUGAAGGAGCUCUUUGUCAUUUCUAUAGUGCCAUUCAGCUGAUGUUGAAAAAGGUUAACACAUACUUUCCAGUACUAGUAAUCCUGGGUGUUUAUCAUGUUAAAAUAAUAAACAAAAAGGUUAAAACUAUUGCAUGAUUUGCUCCCUGUUCUCCCUGUUCUGGUGAGACUCAUUCCAUAAAGAAGACAACUGAACUGAUGCAGCAUCUUUGUUCUGGAUAGUUUGUGAUUGUAAUUCAGCAUGUUUCUCCGUGUAAACCUGUUGUGAAUUUGCUUUUAUGUUCUAUGUAAUUGGUUUCUGAUACUAAAAAAGAAGGCCAACUUACGUGAAAAAGAGCCUCUGGCAGUUUACUGACAUUUCAUAUCAUUCUCUGCUACUUUGGGGGCUGAUUUCUUCUUGGGUUUCUUUCAGUUUUUUUCAUCAUAUAGGAAUUCAUUUUUAACAGAAACAAAAUGUGUAUUUUAAAUGUUACUUUAAGAAAUUCUCCAUGAUGUUUAUGGUGAUUGCAGUGGAAUCUGCAAUGCUGAGCAGUGUUCCUUUAUUAUUAUUAUUGCUAUUUCAAUUGUACUUUUGUAUUUUUAUCUGGCAUGCAUUUAUUAAUUUAUUAAAUUUUGCUUUUAGAACUCUAA